AUGUACAUCACACAGCUGGUCGUUUAUCUGCAGCUCUUGGUCGUGAUCCAGAAGAUCGAGGUGAACUGGGGCGAACCUUUUCUUCUGAUUCUUGAUUGGCUCAGCUUCCUCUCUUUGGAGGCACUCGUCAAGUCGCUACACGCGAUCUCCUGCGUCGCGCGGCUCACUCCGACGCUGCAGUUUUUGCUUCAAACUCUUGCUGUACCAGCCGCCUUUAUGGUAGCACCGACAUGUACUCACCUCUUUCUGCAGACUCCCUGCGCCCUCCGCAAGCGUCGAAGAGGCAGUUCAAAACUCUACGUGCUUCUCGAGACUCUCGGGUCCCUCUCGGUUCUCUUCUGUAUUGUGCUGUGUACGGCUGUGGUGGAGCCACUUCAAUGCCAGGAGCAUCCAAAUGGGAUGUCGACGUUGCAGAGCAGUGUCAGCGUGUUCUGCAACUUUACUGGCGUACACUUGCAUCUUUGCAUCAUUGGUGGCAUCCUGGGUCUUCUACCACUGGGCUUUCUGUCCUUAUGUGCCUGGGCAGUCCUCUGCGAACUUCCGCGACGUGUUCAGAUGGCAGACAUGAAGUUUAUGGUCGCCUUCUCAUUCCUCGUUCUGCGCUUCUCUCCGGGCCUCGAGGCUUUUGCGAUUUUCCUUCUACUUCGCAACGUGCUCUUCGCCCUGGCGCCAGUGUUGCCUUCUGCCAGUGCAAGCUUGCUGCUUGUACAUGCUUUGAUCUGCUCGAACUUUUUCGUGGUGGCCUUGUUCAAGCCGUGGCGCACAUUACAUGCAUCUUAUUCGGAUAUCGCAGCCAACAUGAUCUUUCUCGUCAUCAUUUUUCAGGCCUCCUUCUUCGUGUCUGAAGUCGACAAGGUCGCCUCAAUGGUCCUUUGCACUGCAGCCCUAUGUGCCAUCCUGCUUGGCCUUACCGGCUUAAGCUUCUACACGAUGGCAAAGCUCCUGCUUUCACGCAACGGAGCCUAG